UAAACCCUGUUGUCGCAGUGAGGUCAGCGAUAAACCUCUCUCCCUUGAAGAACAAAGCACCUUGGGGCAAUGGCCAUGGCGGCCUCAAAUGGCCUAAAUUUCACUUUUAGGGAGCCAAAGUGCCUGAAUAUCCGAUCAAACCCCAAAAAGAUCCCAUUUUUCAGGUGCCACAGGAGUUUCCAAUACUGUAGGCUUGUUAGAAUCAAUCCCAUGCGUUGCAGAGUGAUAUUGCAUGCAGCAUCUUCUGCAGGAAGUUCAAGUGCAAGUAGCCGGGAAAAUCCUUAUGAGGUUCUUGGGGUAAGCCCCAUAGAGGGAUUUGAUAUGAUUAAGGCUGCUUAUACCAGAAAAUACAGGGAUGCAGAACGAAGAGGGGAUGAGGCAUCCAUGGCUCAACUUGAAAGGGCAUAUGAUCAAAUUAUGAUGGCACAGCUGAAAAAUCGUAAAAAGGGUGUUACCUUUGGAUCAUUUCAGGUAUCCAAGGAUAUCAAAUAUGCUGAUAAACAGCCACUUAUACCGUGGGGACCAAGGUUCUCAAAAUCAAGUGUAGAUGACAUCCGCAUUAAUAUGGCGAUAACUGCUUUUUUUACAAUUUGGGCGGUCGUGAAACAAAAUGCUGAAUGGAAGCCUUUGCAGUUCUUAGCUUUUGUAUUCGUCUAUAGAUUGUUUGAGAAGUUAAAGUCAUUUGAGCCACCUGCUCCUCCCGCAUUUAAUGAAGAUGGUGUUGAAGAUGAAGGGCGGGCAUUGCGAAUGGGAAAGCGGCUAUUACGCUCUUUAUCGCUUGUUUUCGGCUGUAUAGCUAUUUCAUCCUUGGCCUUUACUGGAAUCCUUAACAUAAUUGAAUUGGUUGGUCGCUAUAUACCAGUUUUUCUGUACAAUAAUCAGGAGUUGUUCGUCACUAGUUCAUCUGCAAUCAUGCUCCAUAUCAUGGCUUCAUACUACAGAUGAAAUGACAGAUAUCAUGUUUUUCAACAGUUUUGUAGAGAAUGGAGUCUAUCUUAUCUUUUUCGUCAUUGUUUUCAAGGCUUAGCGUGAGUCUGUUAGUUUUGGAGAUUCUUUUUGAUUAAUUUUUGUCUCCUACACCUUUCUUUGUUACAUUAAGUAUGUACCCUAAUUAACAUCUCUAUUGGAUCUGAGUAAUUCACAUUGACCCUGUGGCAUUAAUUGGUCAUGAAAAAUGAUAAAUUUGCAGUGAAAUGUUUAUGCUACACGUGACUU